GCAAGAUCACUUCAGAAGACAUCAUGAAGAAGCUAUUCCGAAAGCUCAAAGACAAAAAACCCACUAGCAAUGACCAGGGUCUCUCGGAGACAAGCUCUCUCCGGGAAGCUCUCCCCUCCAUUGCUCAAGACAGCACACCGCCUGCUCCCAUCCAAACUCCUGUUGCUCAACCAUCACCCCCUACAACUACAGCACCACCCAUAGAGGUCCUCCCAUCAAGCAACAUCUGUCAAAUCUGCUUCCACCUCGACGCAACACACGCCCCUAGAGAUGGCAACCUCAACACCAAAGACCCUUCCUGGGCCGAACUCGAGUACAAUCUCCCACCGGACACACAUGCCGCCAAACUUGUUCCCAAAUCAGAGGAUCUCAUCAAUUCGGCAAACGGCGGCUGCAUGCACUGUUUCAUCGUGCGCACAGCGUUGAAUGCCAUCCAUCCAGGCUGGGAGAAUGAAAAGACCAUCCUCCACAUUUUCCUGGCGCCUGGUGUUCCCGUGGUGGUGCGACUAGAGUUUGGCAGCUUGAUCACGACGCAUAUGAGCCGGGAGGAGGCGUUGCAGACUUAUGGCUUUGAUGUCCCGGUCAAGUUCACGGUCACUGUUCGUGAUGCUGAGAAGCCCAGUGUUGAUGUCGAGAUUUAUCGACCACUUUCGCCAAGCCCCUCUGGAGGCUCUGGCGCCCCUGGACCAGGUUUCGACUUGUCAUCCCUUGUACGGCACGUCGGCUUCGGCGAGGAGAUCCCACAGUGUGCCGGUAAUGAGGACUCGUUUAAUUUCAUCAACCAACGCGUGAACGAGUGCAUCACAUCCCAUAGCUGUGAAGGCAACAAGAAGCUGCUUCCACAGUUGCCUAGCCGGGUGAUCUGGGUUCAGGCGCACACGCCGAGCCGUAUUCAGCUUGUUGAGCCCACUGGAAUCCGCGCCAAGUACAUAGCUCUCAGUUACUGCUGGGGUUCCGUCUCGCCAGAUACCUAUCUCACUGAUGCACGCAACCUGGAGUCAAGAAAAGCAGGGAUCAACUACGAUGAGCUUCCGCCGCUUCUGCAAGACGUUGUAACGUGUGUCCGCGCCCUCGGCAUCGAGUAUCUGUGGGUUGACCGGCUGUGUAUCGUCCAAGGCGAUGGUGGUGACUUUUCCACGCAGGCGCCCAAGAUGGGUGACAUUUACGGGGAUGCCACACUCACCAUCGCAGCCGCCUCUGGGGAGUCUGAAAAUGAUCGCAUUCUUCUUGAAAGAGACACCAAGGCCGGCCCGUUCUCGCUUGACCUAAAGCUCAAGGGCAUGGGUACGCUAACGCUGAAGGUCCGUCGACGAACGCACAAGCUUGAAACCGAAUAUGUGGGAGGAGACUAUGGUCGGGUGUCAACACGGGCCUGGAUCUGGCAGGAACGUCUUCUCUCGUCUCGCACCGUGUUCUUCACCCCCCGUGCUCUCAAGUUUGAAUGCCAUCACCACUCGGUUUGGCAAGGUUAUGCCCCUGGCGUUGUUGGAAACUCGUGGUCAACACACGUCGAGUUGGCCUCCAGCUCACACAACGCAUGGCUACGGUUGCUCAUCGAGUUUAUGAAGCGCAACAUCACCAACGCAUCGGACCGGCUGCCCGCCAUCGAGUCCGUCAUGAAGCGAAUCGCAGUCAACACCGGUUGGACCCCUUUUUGGGGCGUCUUCGAGGAGAAGCUUGUCGAAAGCCUUGGCUGGAGCGCCAUAGACCUGAAAAAAUCUUCGGGGCAGGCUAGCUGCCGUAUAAAUCCUGGACACUAUGCUCCGACGUGGAGUUGGGCGAGCGUUGAUGGUGAGAUUACGUAUAUCCAUGUGUUGACCGACCAGCACUACGCGCCCCUGCACCAGGUUGAUCCCCUCAUGUACGAACUGCAAUGUCGAGAUCUUGAUCGUGCCACUGGCGCUAUUACAAUGGUCGGAAGCUAUCUCAUUGGCGGCAUUCGAUGUACCAUCGAGCCGAACGCAUCGUACAGCGAAGAGAGUGAGACGACCCGCGAGGUGGGCAAGUACCGCUACACCCACAACGUCCGGGUAUCUGGACAGCAUCCGGACUUUCUCUUCAAUCCUGAUGUCCCAUUGAUGUCGGUGGAGGGUGACCCAAAUCAGCCAUACUCGGGCUCGGCGGUAAGAGCGCCGUACGGGGUCGACGAUCCAACAGAGGAAUGGACCGGAAAUUGUUUGGUCUUGUUGGUUGCGAGACGAAACAAAAGGUCACUGGCUCUUCUGCUGGGAGCUUCGCUGAGAGAUAUCGAUGGAGCGGCGUGGGAACGUAUUGGACUAUCCACCUCGAUUGAUGUGUCUGUCUGGGACGAGGAACAUGUCAAGACGGGGCCGAUUAGGGUUGUAUGAGUGUGACGGAGAGGGCUCUGUACAACGAACUGCAUUCGGCUGGCUUCUUCUGGGGUGCUCGUACUGGCCGAUUUGUGAGUCACUUACAAAUGAUCAACAUCAAGUACUGGAAAAGGUGGACUCACCAAAACAAUGACCCGAUUGUGAUUUUCAACCGAGCCACGGAUGAGUCAACGGAGGUGGUUUAUAAAAGAGAGCCUCUGGAAACGAAAUAACGAGAAAUUUUAGUGAAAUGGCGGAAUCCAGCAGAGCGGGGUAGGUAGAGUGUAAUAAGACAGGCAGGGCAGCAGCAACAUUGACAAUAAAAGCAUGACGC